UUUUUUUAUUCAGGCGACGCUGAAGGGAGCCCGGCGCGCCCGGUGCAUUGUGGGAGCGCCGCGGCCCGUGUUCGGGAGGAGGCGGAGGGCGCAAAGCGAGCCGGUGGAUCCCAGAGCCCAGCUGACCUUGAGGGAGGGGAGGGGCUGAACGCUGAGAAGUGUGGGCCCCAGAACCAUGUCUACGCGGGAGUCCUUUAACCCGGAAAGUUAUGAAUUGGACAAGAGCUUCCGGUUAACCAGAUUUACUGAACUCAAGGGCACCGGCUGCAAAGUGCCCCAGGAUGUCCUGCAGAAAUUAUUGGAGUCCUUACAAGAGAACCACUUCCAAGAGGAUGAGCAGUUUCUGGGAGCUGUUAUGCCGAGGCUAGGCAUUGGAAUGGAUACCUGCGUCAUUCCUUUGAGGCACGGUGGUCUCUCCUUGGUUCAAACCACAGAUUACAUUUAUCCAAUUGUAGAUGACCCUUACAUGAUGGGCAGGAUAGCAUGCGCCAACGUCCUCAGCGACCUCUAUGCCAUGGGGGUCACCGAGUGUGACAAUAUGCUGAUGCUCCUUGGAGUCAGUAACAAAAUGACGGACAGGGAAAGAGAUAAAGUCAUACCCCUAAUUAUACAGGGUUUUAAAGACGCGGCAGAGGAAGCAGGAACGUCAGUAACAGGUGGCCAAACAGUGUUAAACCCCUGGAUUGUUCUAGGAGGAGUGGCCACCACCGUCUGCCAGCCCAAUGAAUUUAUCAUGCCAGAUAACGCAGUGCCGGGGGACGUGCUGGUGCUGACCAAGCCCCUGGGGACGCAGGUCGCCGUGGCUGUGCACCAGUGGCUGGAUAUCCCUGAAAAAUGGAAUAAAAUUAAGCUGGUGGUCACCCAAGAAGAUGUGGAGUUGGCAUAUCAGGAGGCAAUGAUGAACAUGGCCCGGCUCAACAGGACAGCCGCAGGCCUCAUGCACACGUUCAAUGCCCACGCAGCCACAGACAUCACAGGCUUCGGGAUUUUGGGCCACGCACAGAACCUGGCGAAGCAGCAGCGGAACGAGGUGUCCUUUGUGAUCCACAACCUUCCUGUGCUGGCCAAGAUGGCCGCCGUGAGCAAGGCCUGUGGGAACAUGUUUGGCCUCAUGCACGGGACCUGCCCAGAGACAUCAGGAGGCCUUCUGAUCUGCUUACCACGUGAGCAAGCAGCUCGGUUCUGUGCGGAUAAAUCCCCCAAAUACGGCGAAGGCCACCAAGCAUGGAUUAUUGGGAUUGUAGAGAAGGGUAACCGCACGGCCAGAAUCAUAGACAAGCCCCGGAUCAUCGAAGUCGCAGUGGCCACUCAGAACGUGAACCCCACGCCUGGUGCCACCUCCUAAUCUAGACAGUAAGAGCUACUUGGUUGUGUUUUUU